AUGUCCAGUGUAGAAGAACCACAGUCAAUCAUUCGCUCCUCAGAGAUGAAGGCGCUUAGUGAGCCGCGCCGAUUUGCUACUCUUGUAGCCGGCGCCUUUGGCUGCAUCUGUGUAUCCCUUUCAUUCGGGUUCAACAUCUUCAGUGAUGAUUUGCGGAAGGCAUAUGACCUCACCCAAGCGGACAUGUCGACGAUUAGCACCGUUGGCAUUGUGUUUGCUUACUUUGGCAUACCGUAUGCAUUUGUGUACGACUAUUUUGGUGUUGUGCCUGUGUUGGUCUUAGGUUUUGUUCUGAUCACUGUUGGUGCACUGCUCAUGGCGCUGACGUUUAGCGGCACUAUUACUGGUACAGUGACCCGUCUGUGCGUCUUCAACGGCAUCUUCAACUUUGGCACCGGCGUGUACGACCUCGCGUGUGUCGUAACUGUUCUCAGCAUCUUUCCAACACGUAAGGGUGUAGUAGUGGCGGUUAUGAAGACGUACAUUGGUCUGGGUUCUGCAAUUUUUGGACAACUGCAGUUGGCAUAUUUCGAGGGCAAACCAACAAACUACUUCUACUUUCUGAUGGCGGUCGGCGGUGCUAUUGGCCUCGUUGUGUUGGCGGUGAUGCGGCUUCCUCCGUAUGUGCUGACGGACUAUGAGCGACGACGCCUGACGGACGAAGAGGCGGACGAACGCAUUUCGACAAAGGCCCUUUAUCUUCAGCAAGAUCCACCUUCCAUGCGCUUCGCCAUUGGAUUUCUGAUUGUCAUUUUUCUUAUCGCUUUCCUUCCGCUGCAAAGCUCGCUGGUGGCAUAUAAGAAUCUAUCGUGGGGAUACCGGAAUGGCUUCGCCAUUGUUACGAUUGUCGUGCUGUUGUUUUACUCUAUUGUUGCAAUGCCGUUCAGUUGGCUUGACAGGGACUGGCGAUUCUGGCGUCGCCGCAUACCGGUGGCAAUGGACGCUGACGAACCGCAUGAGCCUACCGCCAACCACCCCAGCGGCGCGGGUGCGCCACUGCUUGAGAUGGAUUUCGUCGCGCCGCAGUACCAGACAAGGUUCAUAAAGAGUCUUUGCACUGCAAAGCUAUGGGCUAUAUUCUGGUCGCUUUUCUGCACACUUGGCACAGAGUUUGUUGUGCUCACAAAUUCCCGCUAUUUUUUUGCGGCUCUUUCUGGGCAGGACGUCGACGAUUCCCUCAAUACACUCUUGACAGUGCUGAACGGCGUGGGUAGUGCACUAGGCCGUCUGCUAAUGAGUGCGCUCGAGGUGUGGUCGCAGGAGCGCAAGGCGGAGGACCGAAUCCCUAUUACGCUAUCGCUGUUCAUACCAACAGUAUCCGUGACGAUAAUGGUGAUCCUCUUCCUCACCAUCACAAGCCGAAAUGUUCUGCCACUGCCAUACGUGAUUGGGGCGCUGGGCAAUGGCAUCAUUGCAGCAGUGACAAUCCUCGUGGUGAAUACAAUCUACGCGAAGGACCCCGGCCUGCACUACAAUUUCUGCUUUUUUGCGACAACGUGCUCUUCUGUGCUCCUCAACCGUCUGCUGUACGGUGAGUGGUACACGCGGGAGGCAAAUAAGCGGGGUGUAGAGGUUUGUUUGGACCGUGGUUGUGUACAGCUUCCAUUGCUUGUGAUGCUCGGAUUCAACCUCUCGGCAUUCUUCAGCAACGCGUACGUUCAUUGGGAGUACCACAAGUUAAACCGUCGUGCGCUAGAGGAGCGACGCCGCCUCAUCGAGGAGCGGUUGGUGGAGGGCGGUGCUGACGAUUCCAGUAAUUCCCUCCUCUUAGAGGAGCUGGAGAGCUACACAGGAAAAGUACAACAUGUGGCAUCAACGGAAGCCAUCAAUGAUGUCACAGCAUCACCAAAACAGCCGAAUACAGGAGUCUCUUCUCGUGAAGGGAUAACAAACAGUACAGAUGAGGAAGCAGGCACCGAAAAAAAAAACGAACAUCUGCUAGGGGAGAUGUACCGCCUCAACCCGCAGUGA